ACAGAGACGUCGUCUGCGUCACAUGUUGACGUCGUGUUGGUUUUGAGCGGAGAAAUAAUUUAUUUAUAAAUUGACGUAAGGGCGCUAAAUCUAAAAUAAACCGUGAAUACAAUGUGAAAAUACAUAAAAUAUUUUGGUGAAGCAGCUGCACGCAUGAAAGGAUUAUGGCGCCCCGCUUACAGCUGGAGAAAGCGGCUUGGCGUUGGGUGGAAACGGUGAAACCAGAAGAAAUCAGACAGGAGCAUAUCAAUUUAGCAUAUCGCAUCAAUCUCCCGGCCUGCAAGAGAGGAACCUGCAGGAGGAACUGCAAAGGGAAUCCCAACUGUCUUGUGGGUAUUGGUGAACAGGCGUGGCUUGGGGAGAUUGAUGAAAAUGCUUUCCACAAUAUUGAUGACCCAAAUUCAGAACGUCGAGACAAGAACACAUUUGUUGGCCUGACUAACCUGGGUGCAACAUGUUACGUCAACACAUUCCUGCAAGUGUGGUUCCACAACCUGGAGCUACGUAGGAGCCUGUAUCAGUGCCACAAUUCCCGAGCACAGGAACACAAUAUUGAGUCUGAUUAUGAGCCUCAGUCCAUCUGUGAGCAUCUGCAGUAUCUGUUUGCACUCCUGCAGAACAGCAACAGAAAGUACAUAGAUCCUUCAGGGCUGGUCAAAGCACUGGGCCUGGACACAGGACAGCAGCAGGAUGCCCAGGAGUUUUCAAAGCUGUUCUUGUCUCUAUUGGAAGACACUCUGUCCAAGCAGAAGAACACCAACCUGCAGAAUGUCAUCCAGCGGCAGUUCUGUGGACAGUUCUCCUACGUUACUGUCUGUAACCAGUGUGGACGAUCAUCUGCACUGCCGUCCAGAUUCUAUGAGCUGGAGCUGAACAUCCAGGGCCACAAGAACCUGACCGAGUGUGUCACAGAGUUCCUGAAGGAGGAGAAGCUGGAUGGGGAGAACCGCUACUUCUGUGAGAGCUGUCAGAGUAAACAGAACGCCACCCGAAGGAUCAAACUGCAUAGCCUUCCUCCAACCCUCAACCUGCAGCUCAUGCGCUUUGUCUUUGAUAGGCAAACAGGCCAUAAGAAGAAGCUCAACACCUUUAUCAGUUUUCCAGAGCAGCUGGACAUGGGGCCUUUCUUGGAAGACCAGAAGUGUGUUUAUGAACUGAGUGCGGUGCUGAUUCAUCGGGGCAUCAGUGCCUACUCGGGCCAUUACAUCGCCCAUGUAAAGGACGCUCGUACUGGUGACUGGUACAAAUUCAAUGAUGAGGAAAUAGAGAAGAUGGAAGGCAAGAAGCUGCAGCUUGGUAUUGAGGAGGACAUUGCUGUUGCUCUACCGUCUUCGUCUUCUUGGUCUGUAGCCGAGACAGUGAAAUCACAGACACGAAAGCCAAAAUGCAGUAAAGGAUACCACUGCUCCCGAAAUGCCUACAUGCUGGUGUAUAAGGUCCAGGAAGAGGAGAGCUCAGAUAUCUCCAGGACCAAUGUCGAGGUGCCAGCCUUUCUUCAGAGGUUGGUUGACCAAGACAACCAUAAAUUUGAGGAGUGGUGCAGUGAGAUGGCUGACAUGAGAAAACAGAGUGUGGAUAAGGGCAAAGCCAAGCAUGAGGAGGUGAAGGAGCUCUACGAGCUUUUACCCGCAAAAGACGGUGAGCCAUAUGAGUUCAUCCCCCUGGAGUGGUUGAAGAAGUGGCUGGAUGAUUCCACUGCCACAAAAGAAAUUGAUAACUCCCUCUUCUUGUGUUCUCAUGGCAAACUGCACCCAGACAAGGUGGCAGAGUCUAAGAGGGUUUCCCUCCAAGCUGCUCAGCUCCUCUAUGAGCGCUACAGUGGAGGGCCAAGACUAGACGGCUCCUCACUGUGUAGGGAGUGUGUUGGCCAGCGAUGUAGGGUUCUACGGCUGAAGAACCAGCUCAAUGAAGACUACAAAGAAGUCUCCAACCUGGUCAAACGCACACUCAGUGGUGAGGGCUACUGGGUUGGUAAAGCAUCACUGCGUAGCUGGAGGCAGUUAGCUUUGGACCAGCUGGAGGAGGACGAACAUGAAACCAAACACGGUAAUGGCCAGACCAAUGGACAGGGACCACACACAAACAACAGCAAAGAGUUCGGUCCAGAGCUCUCAGAGGGCAACGAGGACGACAUGAAGACUUUCAAUGAAGAUAUUGUCUGCUGUCAUGAGGGUCUGAGUAUUCUUGAGACUGAACGAAAACUGGUAUCAGCUGAAGUUUGGACCAAGCUAAGGGCAUACUUCCCCAAAGCACCCGAAUUCACCCAAAACCAAGAGCCGUGUCAGCAGUGCCUGACAUUGGAGCAGGAAGAAAAGGACAAUGAGGCGGUCAGUAAGAUGAUGGCCCUGGACCAGAAGAAUCAACUGCUCAACCUCUUCCAUGAGAAGAACCGGCCAACGCUCACUAAGUGGCCUCAGGGCACAGAUGUACUUUACAUAGUCCCUCUUUUCUUUGUGGAUGAGUGGAGAAAAUUCAUCAGGAGGCCCACUAAAUCUUCUCCAGUGUCGAAUGUGGGCAAUACUUUGCUGCUCUGUCCACAUGGAGGCUUCAUGUUCACCUACGACUCCCUGAUCAAUGGAGAUGCACAACAUAUAGCUCUGCUCUGGCCUAACGAAUGGGAGGUAAUCAGCCGACUCUUCAUCGUAGACCAGCCUAUCUCCAUCCACUGCUUCAAAGACACCCCGCCCAGUGGCCCCACCACUCAGUACACAACUCAGCCUGAUCUGUGUUGGGAGUGCAGAGAGAGCUUCCUUUUCCAGCAGCAGAGGGACCUUCGAGAGUAUACCCAAGCAACCAUCUACAUCCGCAAAGUCAUCGAAGACAAGAGGAUGGUAAAGGAUGCAGCUCCGGAAAUGAAUGCCAGCAGCUCUGAAGCAGAAGAGGAGAAGGAAGAACAUCCGAAGGUGGAUGGAGAGAGAGACCCAGACUUCAGCCAGUCAGAAGAUGGUGCCAAGCGGCUUAAGUUGGGUGACAACAGUGCAGCAUCAGCAGCGACUGUUACUGUGACCAAACCAGGUGGAAUUAGGAGAAGCACCCGGCACAGGAAACUCCGAGGGGAAAAAGCACUCAUCGUUUCAGCCAAUCAGACCCUUAAAGAGUUGAAAAUACAGAUCAUGCACGCCUUCUCUGUCGCUCCAUUUGACCAGAAUCUCUCCAUUGAUGGAAAAAGUCUGACAGAUGACUCAGCCACACUGGGCAGUCUGGGUGUCAUCCCAGAAAGCAUCAUCUGUCUAAAGGCUGACGAGCCAAUAGCAGACUAUGCUGCAAUGGAUGAUGUCUAUCAGGUGAGAAUGCCUGAAGAGGGAUUCAAAGGCACCGGGCUUCUAGGGCACUGAGGAGAGCUGUGCUGUAGCCAUGCUUGAAUUGGAUGGACAACAGAUGGAAAUUUAAAGAAAAAAGCUUGAAUUUGUCAAGUGUCCAUAUAUAAAUAAGUGCUUUAAUUUGUUUUUUUACGUUUUGAGUAGCCGUUCUUAAAACAAACUGUGACUCUGUUGCAAAGCCGCUGUUUUUCUCUAAAUAAGGUUAGCUGGCCUUUAAUAUUUAAACUUCCUAAUCAUUCUGAAGGACUUCGUGGUAGUUCUUCUGCCUGACCAAUAGAAACAGGUGGAGGAAGAUAGGUUCUGUUUAUUCUGAGGUUCGGCUUCAAUUAACUUCUACCUUCAUUCAAGAAAAUUAGCUUUGUUUUUGAAUUUUUAAAUUAUGGCAGAAAAAAUGCAAUGUUCUUUCUUUCCAUUAUGUGGAAGCUUGUGUUCUCACUGCAGAGUUUUCAGGUUUGUCAAAAGAGCGCACGAAUUAACUGUUAAGUAUUGCAAAUAUAACUGCUCCUAAAUGUUAGAACAUUUAUUACCUCUACAGCAAAUCUUUAUCCAUAUACUCCAUGUGGCAUUUAGAGAUACAUAGCUACACGGUAUGUAUAGAGGCUGAUUCCUGCAGAAGUUUCAGCGGUGCAAACCUCGACAGCUGGAAGUGAGAAACGGAAUGCAAGCAAUGUAUGUCCUGUUAUUUUCACUGUUAUUUCUUAUGGACAAUAAAGUUAUUUUCAAAGCAC